GCUCAUCACGGGGAGUGGUGAAUGGAAUAACCCACACAAAGUUAUAAGAAACGCUUCUUCGUACUCUACGUGAAGUAAUGACAAAUUAGAAUUAGUUUUUAUUUGCAGGCCACAGUUAUUUCGCAAUCCCUAAUGUCGUGUGUGGAGUCUUUAUUGAGCGGUAAGUUCUGGCUUGCUUUCAAUGACUUUGCCUUCGGCAUAUCGGCCAUACCGUUACUUUUUGUUUCCGAAACCUGUCUCACAGACGUUGUUCAUGGAAAUCUUUUGGGAAAUUAUAUUUUUAUAUCAUUUUUAUAAUAGAUUAUUUAAUAGGUUUGUUUUUGUGUUCGCGUGUGUAGACCUGUCGAUUUACUUCAAUUUGCAGGCCAUUUAGUAAUUGGAAAUGUAUCACCAAAUGUUGUGACAUUAUGAUGGUGUAUUUAGACACUGAAUUUCUGUGCAACAUUUCUGUUAUUGUUUAAUCUUUUCUCAAUCUCAUACACCACGCCUCCUUCCGAAAACAAUUGAAAGAGAAGGUCAUCUAAAGGGUUUGGAAUAGGAGACAAGUAGAGAGAGAUAUUAAGGGGUAUGAAAUUAAGGGGAAAAAAUCUUUGAUGUGUUGGUACUUUUUUACUGCUGUCACUGUUUUGGCAUGCUUCCUGCUCUGUUACUUCCUGUGAAGAAAAGUUGAAGUGAAAGAAGAAGUUGAAAUCAACCUCAUGUGCAAGAUAACAGUUUAAGUAUAUGACUUAUCAGCAUAGCAUAUUAUUUAUAAAUGAUCUUCUUAUAAGUUUACAGAUAUAUCAUUAUCUCAUCCCUAACACACCUAUAAAACAUACUCAUUAUGGGCUGGCGUACUGUCAUGAACAUUUGUUCAGUAAUUGAAAGGUUGCUUAUAAUUCUCAUGCUAUGACUUCUGUCACCUAGCAUGAUAUUUAACCUGUCAUCCUGUCCCUCAGCAAGACCAUUAACUUGAAUUGCUCCCAGGUCUGUACUGUAAAUAAGAAUGUGUUUGUAGAAUACUUACCUUGUAAAAUUACAGUAAAAACAAUCUAUACACACACACAGACUAAUUCUAUUGUCAUUAUCUUCAUUGAUAUUAGAUAACUUGUGUUAUGGCAAAGCAAGUGAGCGAUGAAGAUCUUCACUCUGUAGUCCAUAGAGAAGAGAACAGGAGGCGGAGAAGAAAGAUGAAAGCCUUCACUUCCACCUUCUCUGUGAUCAUGGACCAGAUUUCUAUUGAGUUUGUCCUUCCCACAUCCACAAAGAGCAGCCGCAGCCCGGACACCCUGCUUCUGGAGGUGGCUGCAAAUUGGACCGUGGAGCAGGUUAAAGCUCAGGUUUGGCUUAGGGCAGUAGCUAGCAACUUGUGCCCUGAGUUUUAUCAGAAGUUCUCCCCUGACCACUGCAUUCUGCUGUACCAGAAGAAGGGCAAUUGGUGUGAGAUCUAUGACAAGCACCAGGUGUUCCAGACUCUAGACUGCAUUCGGUACUGGAAAGCUCUGAAGAAAGACGUGGGGAAGAUCCAUCUGACAUGCAGACCUCAGCCCUCUGAGGACUCCGUCCGGUAUCAGAGGUACCUCAACUACCUGAUUGGCUAUGACGUCACCGACGUCAGCAAUGUGCACGACGAUGAGCUCGAGUUCACGAGGCGGAAGCUGUUCAGCCCCCGCAGAAUUGAACUGUCCGACCGCGACCCAAAACUCUACUCGAUGGACCCUUGGAUCACAUCCAAGCCCCUUCCAGAGUACCUUCUUGCCAAGGUGACCAACAACCACAUCCUGCUGGUCAUCCACAAGAGCACGGCCAGCCAGACCAUUAAGGUGUCCAUCGACGAUACGCCUGUCCAGGUGCUCCAAACAUUCUUCGCCAAGAUUGCUAACAAGAGGGCUCUGUUAGGCAUCCCCGAUGACAUGUGUGAAGCGGACUAUGUCUUGAGGGUUUGUGGCAGGGAGGAGUACAUCUAUGGCAAUCACCCGGUCAGGGAUUUCCAUUGGAUCCGACAGUGCCUGAAGAACGGUGAGGAGAUCCAUCUGGUUCUGGAGUCCGCUCCUAACCCAGAGCAGGACCAGGUCCAAAGAGAGGACUGGGCACAGGUAGAUGACUGUACUGGAGUGGCAGGAACUCACGAGCAGCUGACCAUCGAAGAGAAAGACCACGAAAGGGUCUUCACUAUCUCUCUUUGGGACUGCAGCAGAAAGUUCAGGGUUAAAGUCCUAGGCAUUGACAUCCCAACCUUACCGAGGAACCCAGAGCUGAUUGUGUUUGUGGAGGCCAGUAUCUUCCAUGGUCAGCAGCUCCUGGCACAGGAGAGAACCACCUCCAAGGCCUUUACUGAGGAAGUGCUGUGGAACACCUGGCUGGAGUUCAAUAUACGCAUCAGAGACCUUCCCAAGGGGUCUCGUCUUAGCCUGCAGGUCUCCUGUGGGAAGGCCCAGACCCAGCCCACUAAGGGCAACUCCUCCUACCAUGAGAUUGGGGCAGGAGGAGGGGGCGGCCAUGACAAGACCAAAAGUCGCCUGCUGUACUACGUCAACCUGCUCCUGGUGGACCACCGCUCGCUGCUCCGCCAGGGGGAAUUUAUCCUCCACAUGUGGAAGAUGCCAGAAAAGACGGAGGACAACAGCAGCGUAAACGCAGACAAGCUCACGUCGGCGACCAACCCGGACAAGGCUUCAUCCAUGGCCCUAGCCAUCCUGCUGGACAAAUACUGCUACCCUGUGGCGCUGCCCAAGAGCAGGGAGAGCAAAGAGCCUGGAGGGGAUGGUCGCAGUGCUGAGGGUGGGGAGAGGGGACUGAGGGAAAUGCCCAACCACCUCAGGAAGCAGUUUGAGGCUAUUAUUGAGACCGAUCCGCUUCACCAUCUAAGUCCAGAGGACAAGGAGCUUCUGUGGCACUUCAGACAGGAAUGUAUGCGCCACCCCAGUGCAUACCCCAAGCUUCUGAGCUCAGUGCGGUGGGGAAGGCAGGAGGCCGUGCUGGCCACUCAUCGGCUGUUGGAGAGGAGCACAGUGUGGGACCGAAGCCCCCUGGACGUUGGCUUGGCCAUGCAGCUGUUAGACUGCCACUACUCCGACGCUAACGUCCGCUCAAUGGCCGUACGCAAGCUGGAGACACUGGGGGACGAUGACGUCCUGCGGUACCUUCUGCAGCUGGUUCAGGCUGUGAAGUUUGAGCCGUACCAUGACAGCGCACUGGCCAGGUUCUUGCUGAAAAGAGCUCUCCGGAGCAAGAGGAUAGGACAUUUUCUCUUCUGGUUCCUGAGGAGUGAGAUAGCCACCUCCAUGCACUACCAGCAGAGGUACGCUGUGCUGCUGGAAGCCUACCUCCGAGGCUGUGGAGAUGACAUGCUGCAGGACUUCAGACACCAGGUUGAGAUGACAGAAGCCCUGCAGAAGGUUACAAGGGAAAUCAAGACCAUGUCGGCGGAGAAAUAUGAUGUUUCGGCACAAGUUGUGUUCCAGCUGCGUCAGAAACUGGAGAACCUUCAGACAUCAGGCCUUCCAGAAAGCUUUCGUGUACCCUAUGACCCUGGCCUGAGGGCUGGAGCUCUGGUGAUAGAGCAGUGCAAGGUGAUGGCCUCGAAGAAGAAACCGCUUUGGCUGCAGUUUAAACGAGCUGAUCCCACCACGCGAUCCAGUGACACCAUUGGGAUCAUUUUUAAGGAUGGAGAUGACCUCAGACAGGACAUGCUUAUACUGCAGAUCCUGCUGAUCAUGGAGUCUAUAUGGGAGGAAGAGUCUUUGGAUCUGUCUCUAUUGCCCUACGGUUGUAUUUCUACUGGGAAUAAAAUAGGGAUGAUUGAGAUAGUGAAGGAUGCCACCACCAUUGCCAACAUUCAGCAGAGUGUUGUGGGAAGCACAGGAGCGUUCAAGGAUGAGAUCCUCAACCAAUGGCUCCAGGACAAGUGCGUUAAUGAGGAGAAGUUCCAGCAGGCGGUGGAGAGGUUUGUGUUUUCCUGUGGUGGGUAUUGUGUUGCCACCUACGUGCUGGGGGUAGGAGACCGCCACAACGACAACAUCAUGAUCACUGAAUCUGGUAACCUGUUCCACAUAGAUUUUGGACACAUACUAGGGAACUACAAAAGUUUCCUAGGUAUCAGCAAGGAAAGAGUGCCCUUUGUCCUCACCCCAGACUUCCUCUACGUCAUGGGCACGUCAGGGAAGAAGAGCAGCCCGCACUUCCUGAAGUUCCAGGAUGUGUGUGUGCGGGCCUACCUUGCUCUCCGGCACCACACCAACCUGCUCAUCAUCCUGUUCUCCAUGAUGCUGAUGACGGGCAUGCCCCAGCUCACCAGUAAAGAAGACAUUGAGUACAUCCGGGAGGCACUGACUGUUGGCCACCCGGAGGAGGAAGCACAGCGCCACCUCCUGGACCAGAUAGAGAUAUGCAGGGACAAGGGCUGGACCGUCCAGUUUAACUGGUUCCUACACCUGGUGCUGGGCAUCAAGCAGGGUGUAGAGAAGCGCUCUGCUUAGGGGCAUCUGUCUUAUGCCAGUGUGUGCGUUGGCAAGAAUGUCCGGUCCAAAAAUGUUAGGUCCUGUAUUGCUCAGUUGGUAGAGCAGAGUGCUUUGUAUCAACAGGGUUGUGGGUUUGAUUUCUGUGGGGGUGUGUAUUAAAAUGACUUAGUACUGUCACUGGAUUACUGUGUUUGGUAGAAAAUUAUGUAAAUGUUUCAAAAUGGGACUGAACAAUUUUGAAACCCGUUUUUUUGUAAAAUAACUAUGUUUACAGACUUUUAAAAUAACUGUUAAAUAUGUGGAUGUACAAUUUGGCAAAGUAAUGAUGUAACCAACUUCGAUUCAUUACUCAUUGACCAAACCAUUGACUGUAUCCUGUACCGGCCUUGGUUUUGCACUUCAGAGAUCAAGGCCUUACCAUUAUUUGUAUGAGUUAUAAAUAUAUAUUGAAUAACGUUUGCUACCUAAUACAUUUAAUUAAAUUGUAUCUUCUGUUCUAAAACACGAUUUGCAUGACUGAUUAUGUACCUCAAUCAACACGUGUCAGCUAGUAAUA